AUGACUCCAACCACAGGACCCACAGCCCUUAACACAAGAAGCUCCUUCUCUCGGUUCCUGCCUCUGUCCAAUAGCUACUCCACCAUCUCCGCUUCUAACGGCAAGACGCGUCUUCUUCCCGGCUCAAAUGGUGCGCGUCAGGGUCUUCGUUCGCAGGGCAAUUCACGCAGUGACAAGGCUGGAACGGAGAGAGUGGGUGGGGGUUCGCUGGUGGUUCGCCGUGCUGUGGUUUUGGGUGGCUCCGGGAGGCUGGUAGCGCGGCUAGGGAUGAUACGGAGAUGGCUUGCGGUUGGGCGGCGGCGAUUUGGGAAAGCCACUGAGUGGGCUCUAGUUGGAGAGGGGCGGGAGCUCGCGGUGGCCGCACAGUAG